AUGACUUUGGCCAACGACAAUCUAGCCUACGAUUUCAAGGACUUCCAGGAAGAGAUAAGUACCGAGUAUUUCAGUAGAGACUACUCAGAUUAUGAUAACUCCACCGAUUAUACCCCUGUGGAUGGGGCCAAGAGAUAUACAGCUUACCAGAUAGUCUCCCUCCUGGUCUUUUUUGUGGUCUUCCUCUUGGGGGUGCCAGGCAACGCUCUGGUAAUCUGGGUGACAAGACUGGAGAGCCACAAGGUGGUGAAUGCCGUCUGGUUCCAGAACUUGGCUACUGCCGACCUCUUCUGCUGCCUGGUGCUCCCGCUCUUGGCCGUCCCCAUCAUCCAGCACGACCGAUGGCCCUUCGACAACGUCUCCUGCCGCCUGCUGUCUUGCGUGAUCCUGCUCAAUCUGUACACCAGCGUCCUGCUGCUCACGCUCAUCAGCCUGGACCGCUGCAUGCUCGUUAUGAAACCCAUCUGGUGCCAGAACCACCGAAACGUGACCUUGGCCAAGGUGGCCUGCGGAGUGGUUUGGGCGCUGGCCCUGGUGCUGACCAUUCCCGCCAUGAUUUACCGCACGCUCAAGGAGGAUCUCCCGGGCCACUGGGAGUGCGUGGUGGACUUCGAGGGGAAAUGGCAGGUGGAGGUGGGCAUAGCGGUCUCGCGCUUCCUGUUUAGCUUCGUCGGUCCCCUCCUCAUCAUCUCCAUCUGCUACGUCCUUCUGCUCAACCGACUGUGGAGCCGCCAGGCCACUCGCUCGCAUAAGACCAUCAAGGUGGUGGUGGCUGUGGUGGUGGGCUUCUUCUUCUGCUGGACCCCCUACCAGAUAGUGGGGCUCCUCAUAGCUGUGAGCUCCAAGGGCUCCAGCGUCUACAGAUGGAUGCAGCAUUUCGACAGCUUGACCAUCGCUUUGGCUUAUGUGAACAGCUGCAUCAACCCAGUCAUCUACGUGGUCGCUGGUCAUGGCAUCAAGGACCGCAUGGCGCGCUACUCCAUAUACUCCCUGCUCCAGAAGGUGCUCACUGAGGACUCUGUAGGGCGAGAAAGCAAGUCCUUUACCCGAUCCACGGCGGUUUCCGAGGAGCAUGUGUGAAGGUGGCCUCCUGUGGGCGCCCAGGAGCUCCGAGGGAGCCACCUGGAGGAACGAUCGAGUUUAAACUGUGGAGGAUUCCGGAGUCUUCCUCUUCCUCUCCUAAAUCACUGGCUUCCCUGAGCCUCCCGCUACAGGACGAGCUUCUUGAGGGCUGGGUCUGUCUUGCCUUUGUUUGCAUUCUCAGUGUUUAUCAAUAAAGGAGA